AUGACUCCACCUAUAGGCGAUAAUGGACUUUCCUGUUUAAAUUCAACAUUUUCAUCUAUAAAUCCAGUUAAUCAAGCAAAUUCAAAUAAUAUUGACGAAUGGCUUUUACUUGAUUCAAAUCAUGGUUUUAUUCGUUUAUAUGAUCCAAAUGAUGCAUCAACAUCAUAUUCACGUUCAAAACUCGUACCAUGUACAAUGUGGACAACAAUUGAACAAAUAUGUUCAAGAUUAAAUAAUGAUUUAGAUCCCCGAACAUGGUAUGUUCAGUAUCAUGGUGAUCGAAUUCGUCAUUUACGACCCGAUGAUGCACCAUUAUUUAUCCAGCAUAAUUAUCUUCUUUCGAUUGGAUUUUCAAGUGUUCAACGCUUACAACAAGAAGGUGAUAAACAUGAUCUUGGUUAUCUUAUUCGAUUCCUAUCCGAUCAAUUAAUAAUUGAUCCAAAAAUUCAACCUCGAAGUUUAUCAACAAUAGCUUGGAUUCGUAAAGGAAAAUUAAUACGAAAAUGGAUUAAACGAAAAUGUGUCAUAUCCACUAGUCGAUUAACAGUUUAUCCCGAUGCAAAUACAAAUCCAUGUGUACUUGAAUUACAACGAGCAAGCAUUGAAGAAGUUCAUCUUAAAGAUAAACCCUUUUGUAUUAAAUUAACAGUGGAUGAUGGACGAGGUGGUGCUUUAUUUCUUGCUUUGAAUAAUGAUGAAGAAUAUAGUCGAUGGCUUAAACGUUUACGCAAGACAACAAAUAAAUUACCUGAUAUUGCUGAUUAUUCUUCCAGUCAUCUUGAAUUAAUUCCAAAAGCUUUAUUUGUUAAUCCAAAAUUAACUGUACUUAAUUUACGACAUAAUAAUUUACUUAUGAGACCAGUCAAUGAAGCAGUUUUUACUGUUGGUUGGCUGGAUGAUUUAACACGUUUCCAAUGUUUAAUAAGUUUAAAUUUAGCUGAUAAUGAUUUAAAAAUAUUUCCUAAUGUUAUAUGUCAUCUUCCUCGUCUAGUUGAAUUAAAUCUUGCUAGUAAUAAUAUUGAAUCAAUUCCAUCUGAUAUUAUCAAAUUACAAUCUUUAGAAGUUUUUAAUUUACAAAGCAAUCGUUUAUCAUGUUUACCAAAUGAAAUUGAAUAUCUUAAACGAUUACGUGAUUUUUAUUUAAGUUUUAAUUUAUUUAAAGAUAUUCCAAUACCAUUAGCACGUUUAACAAAUAUUCGUUGUUCAGAUGUUAAUAAUUUAUGUUUAGCCGGAAAUCAUAUUCGAAAAUUAUCGAUCGAUGUUAUUCAACGUCUUGAAUAUUGUCGUCAAUUAGACUUACGUAUGAAUCAAAUUAAAUAUGAUGAUAAUGAUUUUAUUUUAUUAAAUCAAUUAAUUAAUUUAACACAUAUUGAUAUUUCACAUAAUAAUCGUAUAAAUGAAAUCGAUUUACGUUCAUUAAGUAAACUUGAACAAAUACGUUGUUCAUAUAAUAAAGCAUCACGUUUAAUAUUAAAUGGUCAUUCAUUAAAACAAUUAAACGGUUCACAUAAUAAAUUAAAACAUAUUGAUGUAGUUAAUUCACCGAUGAAUUUAGUUCAAUUGGAUAUAAGCUCUCAAAAAACCGUUUCUUUAAUAAAUAUAUCUGGAUUAUCAGAUACAUCAUCGGAUGCAUCAUUAUGGUCUGUUGGUUUUGCUCAAAGUUCUGGUAGUCGAAAUAGAUUAGCAAUAACAACUGUCAAUGAAGCAUCAUUUAAUUAUUCAAAUAAUGAUGCUUUAUUCGCAAUGUUUGAUGGUGGAUUAAAUAAUGAAGUACCACUUAUUCUUAAAAAUAAAUUACCUGAUAUUCUUCAAAAUGAAUAUGAACAAUGUAAUCAAGCAAAUGUUUAUCUUAAACAUACAUUUCUUACAUUACAAAAACGAUUAAAAACAACUGGACAACGUUUAGGCGCCGCAUCAACUGUUGUUCAUAUACGUAGUUUGCCACAAUCGAAUAUAAUAAAUUCAAAUAUUUAUUCAUCAAAUACAACAACAUCUUCAUCAUCAUCUCAAACAGAAAAUAAUCUUCGUUAUGAAUUAAAUGCAGCUAAUGUUGGUCAUUGUGAAGCCAUACUUUGUCGUUCAUCAAUAAUACAUCCAUUAACACGUCGUUUUACAAUUCCACAUGAUGAAAGUGAAUGUAAACGUGUGCGAAAAACAUCGAAUAUAAUUAUUAAUGAAGAUAACGCAUUAAAUGCAAUAACAUCUCAAACAAGAAUGUUAGGUUGUUCAUUUCUUUAUCCAGCUAUUUUACCAACACCACAUAUAUCAUCAUUUAUUCUAAGUAAAAACGAUGAAUUUUUUAUUAUUGCAAAUAAUUUAUUAUGGCAGAAUCUUUCACACGAAGAAGCUGUACGUGCUAUACGUUCAAUACAUAAUCCUGUGCUUGCAUCAAAAAAACUUGUUGAUAUAGCGCAAAGUUAUGGUGCAAAAGAAAAUUUAGCAGUGUUAAUUGUUAGAUUUAAUUUUCAAAAGAAAAUCUAUCAUAUAUCAAACAAUUCUUAUCAACAACAGCGAUUGUCACGUCAACAAACUUAUUCAACAAAUACUAGUUCAGGUGAACAUUCCCCAAUAGCAAGUCCAUUAUUACCAUUAUUAGAUUCAACAGGCUAUUUAAGUGUUGGUGAAUUAAGUGGCGGUGAUGAAGAUGAUUCUAAUGAAGAGCAUUAUUCAUCAAACAUACCGACAAAUCCUACCAGUGAUUAUUUUUAUCAUCAUUCUGAUCAAAUAUCAUCAUCAAGUGAAGCUGUAGCAACAUUAAAUGAUUCAACGAGAAAUCGUCUUCUUUCACGUAGUGGUCGAACGCGUUAUUUAACUGCAUCACUUAAUGAUACAUCAACAAUAGAUGAUAAAAAAAAUGAAAAAGUCUUUCAAUCUGAUAUGGGAAUAUUUAAUUUUCCUGCAUCAAAUGCCCAACCUAUACGAAUAGUACCAAGUGAACUAACAAUUGUCAGUGAAAUUCUUUCACCAUCACCACCACCACCGGCAGCAACAUUAUCACGAGCAAAACGAAUUAAAAAUUCAUCAUUAACAAGCGAUUGUCCCUCACCAAGACGAUCAGGUCGUUAUCGAAAAAAACUAACGCCUCCUGUUCGUCCACCGUUAGGUUAUUCUAAACCACCACGAACUGAUUUUUCAAGUAAUAGUGAUAUAUCAAACGAUGGACAUGAUUUUGAUAGUUCACCAAUCUAUCCAGCUGGAUCACGUCCUGUAGCUGAUGCUGUUUUAUCAACAUCAUCAAGUGACCAUGAUGAUCAUGAUGAAGAUGAUUUUUCAUACAUUGUUGAUCAAAUGAGUUUAGCAUCCACAAAUACAACAACAGAUUGUCAACAACAACAAAAUGAAAUAAAUAUAUUUGUACGAAAACAUUGUCCAUCGAUUUCAUCAACGACACAUUCAACUGUUAAUAGUACGUUAACAUCAUCGUCUGCUGGAACGAAUAUUCCACCGCAAAUUCCUAAUAAAAUUACUCGACUUUAA